CAAGCUGUGACGGCAUUGCCGCGAAUUGGAUGUACGGAAUAGAUGGAGCUUCAAGCUUUCGUUUACCUAUCCUGUCUUUCCCAUCUAGCCAGGUAGUUGAGCACGAUGUUGACCACCCGUUUAUUCUCGGCGAGGCAACUCUGUCGCCUCUCGCGUGGCUUGUCAACAUUAUCAUCGAACCCAAGCAUCAAAGUCUUCCCCCACCCCGAAACUCCGAACGCCUACCUCCUCUCCUACCUCGACACCACCCCGCCGAACCCGGCGCUCGCAAUCGGCAGCACCACCACCGUGCCGCCGACGCCCAAGUCCUUCCAAGGCAACCCGCGCUUCCUCUCGAUCCUGAACGACGUGCUCGCGCAGCACGCGGCCAGCGACCCGGGCCUGAAGAGUCAGGCGCAGGCGUUCGCCUCGCCCGGCGGGUUCAGCUUCAUCCAGGCGCGCAGCCAGCGGGGCUCCGGCACCGGGGCCGGGGGCGCCAGCGCCGAGGGCGGGGCCGGCGGGGCCGGCGUCGGCGGGUGGGUGCAUCUCAGCGAUGCGCGGAAUCCGCCCGACUUUGGGCGCAUCGCGUGGCCCGAGGAUAUCCUGGGGAGCGUCGAAGUGGACGGCAAGGGGGAGAUCAUUGGCAACUUCCAGCCUAGCGGCACGUACCGGAUUGUGACAAACCAGGGAAUCUUAGGACUGAGCCCCUUUCUGCAGGAGAAGCUGAUAGCACGGCUCCGCGAAGAAGAAAAGAAGUCGUGAUGGGAUGUUUAACUUGACAAGAGCUUAGUCCCGUGCCUUGGGGAGAGCCGCUGGCCUGCACUCCAUCUAUUUCGGAUCCUGUAUUCAAUGACUCGGCCCUUGGAUAUGGUGUAAGAUACGCGCAAGAUGUAAUGCCACUUAACUCGCGAGAGCACAAAUGGCUUGUGCCCGUGCAAAGCAAUUCGGGUUCUCCGGCCUAUGUGCUUGGCCAUUCGGAGGAGAAAACGCAAGGAAUUAAUGUACAGAUGUGGUCGUAACUUCGUUACCGCAUGAAGCCAGGCGAGUGUCCCAUCAAGACAACUCGAAGCUUAGAAAUCUCCCGCAGGAAGCGCGAAGAGCACGCUUAGAGAGUUCAUCGCACAUGGAGAACCCCCUCUCCUCACUCGUCAUCCUCCUCCUCCUCCUCGCUCGUUUCUUCGAAGUUCGCUUUUUUCGGCUUCUCUGUCUUGACUAGCGCAUCGCCAGCCCCAGUCGCCGGGGGAUCGUCGACAGGAACGCCUUGCGAGCGGAGGGCUUGGUUGAGCUCUGGAAGGACCUUGAGCAGGGCUUUGUAUUGGUCCAGUGACAGCGAAAUGCCCUGGCGCAGUUGUCAGGUCAGUCGGGCCAUCGUCAGUGAAGGAGCAAGAAGCUGGAUCGAA